GUAACAAGCAAUUUCUAAGACAAAGUAUGGGGAUUGUUGGCUAUUUUCUGCCUAUGUUGAUUUGUGCAGCAAUUCCUGUGCAGUCCUUGUCCAGAAAUGCUGAAACUGCACUUUGUCAGACACAAGAGAUGCAAGGACUAUGCGCUUUGUCUGGGAAAUGGAGAAAUCAGCUACAGUCAGAAAUUACAAUAACCUGUAAAAAAGGAACCAUACAAGGUCUAUAUGACAGCACAGUGGGAAAUGGAGCGUACGACCUUGUAGGAAAAUAUCUGCAGGUAAAUGAAACGGAUUAUAUCGUGGGAUGGUCAGUUGCCUAUAAAAAUCAGCACCGUGAUGCCAGAUCUACUGCAAGUUGGACCGGGGUAUUCUACGCCGCUGAAGAUAUAAUCAAGACUCAGUGGAUAAGAGCAGCAUUCAAAAAUCCAGAAGAUUAUUGGUCUACCUUUACAACCAAUCAAGACACAUUCAGCAGGGUACAAUCCCAUCCUUGUUUGCACAACAAUAGGAACUGAUACAUGCAAUAUUACGGUAUACUUCCCUCAACAAGGAAUGAUAACUCUUGACAUUAGCAAUUCCUUUGGCUUACAAUUUACUGAGUAACUUAGAAUUGAAAUUAAUUUUGUAUCAAUAAUAAUAAUUUUAUGGUUUAACAAGCUAAUUCAGAGAAUUUGUGUCCCCCGCUUAAGGGAAAAAAGAAGAGCAUGUGCAGAUCUAAGAGGGGGGUCAGACACCCCCCCCCCCCCUUCCUAGACUUGCAGAAUUAUGAAAUGUAUACAUGUAUGCUGAAGCAAAUAAAAAAUGCCAAUAUGGA